AUGGAAAACUCUGCAGACCAGCAUCAACUUGACGUCUCGGUUAAUGGCACGUCGAAAGAUGUUUCUGCAAACGUCAUAUCUGUCCAAUCGUCGGAUGGGGCCCCGGCUAUAGUUAAGCGCAAGGCUGGUGAGAUCGAUCCGACGACACAAGCACAGGAUAGCAAACGGAGGAAGGGAACAGUACCUAUCAAGGAAGAAUUCCUGCUCCAGUCUGACGUGGUUGGCUCGGAACUGGCUCACGAAAUACCUGAUGAUGAUGCCGCUGAAGCGUUUCACCACAAUGAUCGGCCACCUACGAGCCAGAACAGCAAAGGUAACCGCCGUCGUGAGAAGAAGAAAGGCCAAAACAAGGCCCGCGAAUUCGGCACGUCGAGAGACGAAGUAGGGUUGUGUUCCAGUCGAGCUCUCAGACCCGAGUUCUCCCCAAAUCCAUGUGCCUACGGAGACAAGUGUCGUUUCGAGCAUGACAUCCGAAAAUACCUCAGCCACUACAAAAGAAAGGAUCUCUCCACCUUUAACGGACUGUGUCCUGUAUGGGAAGUGAAGGGGAAGUGUCCGGUGGGAUGGAAAUGCCGGUUUGUUGGAUCUCAUUCUAAAGAAGUAGACCACGGUGACGGCCGAGUGGAAUUGGUCUUGGUCGAGGAUGCUGAACGAAUGGCCAAAUAUGCCGAGACUACCUCCGAAGACGAGGAGGCCGGGGUGGCAAAUUCCCUCACUUCUCAGCAAAGGAUCGAGCUGACAAAGAAGAAAGUCCCCACGCCCAAGUCAGAUGAAUAUCUGCGGUGGCUCGAGCAAAACACUCAAAACCCAGCCGACCAAGGUCGAGGACGAAACAGAUCCUAUCGCAACUCCUCCUCCCCGGAGCCCGAGUCGGGUCGGAAUGGAGCAGGCGAAGAGGAGGACACGCAAGAUUCGAGGGCUGGCUUCCAGGAUACUCCCCUCCGAACAUCAGAGAAACGUCGUUUGUACUUUGGUCCUGAGACGCCCAUUUUAGCACCCUUGACCACGCAGGGAAACCUGCCAUUCCGGCGUCUGUGUACUUCUCUAGGUGCAACGUUCACUUACUCGGAAAUGGCCAUGUCUUUACCGUUGUUGCAGGGCCAGAAGUCGGAAUGGGCUCUCCUUAAAGCACACGAAUCAGAGGUCCAGCCCCCGACUUUCUCGAUCAAAGGCAGCGACAACAUAGUCUUCGAAUAUGAUCAGAAGCGGGACCUUCGAUUUGGGGCGCAAAUUGCGGCCAACAAACCUUGGCUAGCGGUCAAAACCACCGAGAUUCUCACCACAUUAUUGCCUCGAGGUCUUCGGGUGGUCGAUCUCAAUGUGGGUUGCCCGAUUGAUCUGGUCUUCAAAGAUGGCGCUGGGUCGGCUUUAAUGGAUUCGGCACCUAAGCUAGAGAAGAUGCUUCGGGGGAUGAAUGUGGUCUCGGGCGAGACACCCGUCACCGUGAAGAUUCGAACAGGGACUCGGGACAAGCAACCGACUGCACAGAAAUUGGUCGAUCGACUGGUCCUAGGUAGCGGGCACGGAGAAGGCAGUCCUUGCGGUGUCGCGGCUAUAACUCUCCAUGGACGGUCUAGACAGCAAAGAUACACUCGCUCUGCAGACUGGGAUUAUAUUGCAGAGACGGCAUCUCUGAUCCAGAAACUUAACGAGAAGGCAGAUGCUUCUGCUGACACCAUCCACGAGCCGGACGAGCGCGAUCAACCUAACGGCCACAAAGGCUCCCGCAAGAGCAAAGUCUUCUUCAUCGGCAAUGGCGACGUUUUCUCACAUGAGCACUACUACGAUCACCUUCAACACGCGGGCGUCGACGGCGUCAUGACCGGUCGUGGGGCUCUCAUCAAGCCGUGGCUCUUUGAAGAAAUUGCCGCCGGGCAGUAUUUAGACAAGUCGUCCUCAGAACGGCUGCAGCUCAUCGAGCGUUUCUGUCGAUACGGCCUGGAGGCGUGGGGCAGUGACGAGAUCGGCGUGGGACAGACUCGACGGUUCUUGCUGCAGUGGCUCAGCUUCGCGUGCCGAUACGUGCCUAUCGGGCUGUUGGAGUACCUGCCCCCCAACAUUCAAGAUCGACCUCCUCGAUACCGCGGACGGGACGAGCUUGAGACGUUGAUGGCGAGUGAUAAUUACAAGGACUGGAUCAAGAUUAGUGAAAUGUUCCUCGGUCCUGCUCAUCCUGACUUUCGAUUCGAGCCGAAACACAAAUCCAACAGCUACGAGAUUCAGGCCGAGGGCUGA